AUGUUCUCCCUCGCCAACAAGCAUUGCAUAAUCACCGGCGGCAGCCGGGGCAUCGGCCUCGCCAUAGCGCAGCUCUUCGCGUCGGCGGGCGCAUCCUGCACGCUGAUCGGGCGCGAUACCGCCCGGCUGAGCGCCGCGGCCAAGUCGCUGCCCCUACCCCUACCGCACGGAACAGAGUCGGCGGCGGCUCAGGGACACAAGACGCAUGCUUUUGACGUGGCCUCGGGCGAGCGCUGGGAGGAAUUUGUGCGCGACGUUGUGAAGAGCGGAAGAAUCGACGUGCUGGUGAACGCUGCUGGCAUCUCCCAGAACUCGUUCCUGUUCAAGACGAGGAGGCAGGACGUCGAAAAGCUCAUAGACACCAACCUAAAGGGCGCAAUCUGGGGUUGCCAGACCGUCAUCCCUAAGAUGAUGAAGCAGAAAAGUGGAUGCAUAGUCAACGUGUCAAGCCUCCUGGCAACGCACGGGGGGCGAGGCGCAUCGGUAUAUGCCGCCACAAAAGCGGGUAUUGUUGGUCUAACCCGAUCUCUCGCAUGGGAAGUGGGAAGAUUUGGCAUCCGGGCAAACGUCCUGCUUCCCGGAUAUAUCCAGACCGAUAUGACACGAGGCACCGACGACAAGGGCGAGCUUUCUGCUCUUAUUCCUUUGGGCCGUCUGGGUUUGGCUGAAGAAGUCGCGCAGGCUGCCGUCUUCCUCGCCACGAAUUCAUAUGCACACAACUGUGUGCUCAAUAUAGAUGGCGGCUUAAGCGCAACGUGA